AAGAAAAAAGUUCAGCAGCUGUCAAAGGUAGCUUUAAAUAUUCAUAAAAAAAAACCUGGAAAUUUCUUUAUGUCUCUUCUACCUCUUCCCUCCCAAUCCCCAACGAUUCUUGUUUGUUUAGGAGUUGUUUGGGAGAGUGCAUAAAAAUCCUUUCCCUAAACUACACUCUUCUACUUAUGACUAGAUACAUCUCUUCCCUUGUUUUCUUCUUCCUAUGAUUUUAAGGCGUGGAAAUUAUUUUCUCCCUCCUUAAAACAGCCAAACAGGGACUAAUUUUCUUCCCCUAUAUUUUUUUGUUGCAGUUUCUUGUUAAUAAGGCUGAAGAACAGUCAUGAUUUCUUUGGUAAUUGGCAAUGGAUUAAUUUCAAACCCAGUGUUAUUAAAACAAAAUCCAGCAAAAAUCCCCAAAUCAUCCUCUAUUUCCUUGAAAUUACCCAUCAUUUGUUUUAAUUCCCAAACCUCAAAAUUCCUUACCCCUUAUGAUUUUAUCAACAAAUUAUGGAAACCCAAUUCAAAAAAAUAUACAAAUUCUGUUGUUAUUGCUCCAAAAAGUAAGAGUAGGAGGGGUGAUGAGACGGUUGUUGACAUAAAAAAGAUUGGUUUAAGUAAUAGUAGAAAACAAAUGGUGGUUUUGUGUGGGUUGGGUUAUUGGGUUCAAGGGUUUAGGUGUUUUCCAUGGUUAGCUCUUAAUAUUCAUAUGGCACAGAAUCUGAAUUUUGACCCUUCAACUUUGCAAUUGGUGCAAAAUUGUGGUAACCUUCCAAUGGUGGCUAAACCCUUGUAUGGAAUUUUAUCUGAUGCUCUUUAUAUUGGUUCUGCUCAUAGAAUUCCAUAUGUUUGUAUUGGAGUUAUUUUGCAGGUGUUGUCAUGGGGACCAUUAUCUUUGAUUCCAUUUGUGGGUGAAGCCCUUCCUACUCUUAUGGCAUGUGUUCUUCUCAGUAAUCUUGGGGCAGCUAUCACAGAGGUAGCACAGGAUGCUCUUAUUGCAGAAUAUGGACAAAAACACAAAAUUGUUGGAAUACAGUCGUAUGCAUUCAUGGCAAUAGCUGUUGCAGGAAUUCUAGGCAACUCAUUGGGCGGUAUACUAGUGUCGAAAAUACAUCCUAGGGCUCUAUUGUUAAUUUUUAGUCUCUUGCUGUCUGUUCAGCUUUUGAUUUCCUUAUUGACAAAGGAGGAGUCCCUCGGUUUACAAAAGCCUUUAAGUGCCGAUCAAAGUUCCAUUAGUUCAACCUUGAGCAAUAUCAAGAGACAGUUUUCUAGUCUUCAAGUUGCCCUGAGUGAGGAUAAGAUAUCUCGCCCUCUACUUUGGGCGGUAGCUUCCAUUGCAGUGGUGCCGAUGCUCACAGGAUCUAUCUUUUGUUAUCAAACACAGUCCCUUAAUCUUGACCCUUCAAUUAUUGGAAUUUCCAAGGUAAUUGGGCAGAUGCUGCUAUUAUCUUUAACUGUGCUCUAUAAUCGAUAUUGGAAAAAUAUUCCAAUGAGGAAGUUGAUCGGCAAAGUACAGUGCUUGUAUGCUUUUUCUCUCCUGCUGGACCUUAUUCUAGUGAAACAAAUCAACCUAAAGCUAGGAGUACCAAACAAUGUAUUUGUUUUGUGUUUUUCGGGGUUGGCUGAAACCAUAGCCAUUUUCAAAACAGUACCAUUUUUUGUGCUUAUUGGGAGCUUAUGCCCUUGGGGAUGUGAGGCUUCAGUUACUGCAUUCCUGGCCUCAGCUUUGACUUUGUCAUCAAUUAUUAGUUGUUUCUUAGGCAUUGGAUUGACUUCUAUACUUGGUAUAACCUCUGACAAUUACUCUGGCCUCUCUGUUGGGAUCAUGUUGCAGAGUUUGGCUGCUUUAGUGCCUUUAUUUUGGAUCAACAACCUGCCGAUUACACAACUUUCAGUUGAAAAGGAAAAGGAAAAGGAAAGAAAGAAAGGAAGGAGUAAAAGGAGUCGAAAAAACCGGAGAGUAGGAAGAGUACCACUUAACUCAAUCUUUGCUUAUCGGCGAGAAAGAGAAUCAGAGUUAGAAAGAUAGUAACGUUGUAGAUUUUGUUAUUUUUACAGAAAACAGUAAGUCAGGAUGACUUUUGUUCUUGAAUGAAGUAGGAUAAUUCAAAGAGCUUCAAGAACUGCACUGCUGCUGAUUUGCUUGCUUUUGGGGGGGAUCAACAAGGAGAUAGGUGGUUAUUCUGAUGCAAGUUACUUCCUGCUGAAAAUGCACUUGAGAUCAUUAUCCUAAUCUAUGGUGUAAGUGUCACCAGUUUGUUCAGUUGAACUAGAAUAUGCUGCAUAUAAGUUGCUCAAGGCUCAUCUGGGUUAAAAGGUGUUAAUCAAAUUGUAUUUCAAUUGUAUUUCCAAAUUCCGGAUGCAUUUAAAUUGUCUUGGAAAAGUAGUCAAGAGUAAUAGGUUAUUGACUUGAUACCAAGUAAAUUGUUACAGAAUGAAGCUAGAAAGUUUUGAUAGGAGCUCUUGGUUUUGGCACCAAAUUCUCUUGUAAUUGUUGAUUCAUUUAUAUAAAUAAUCAACUGUUUUUUC